AUGGCAAAGUCAGCAAAUGUAGCCUUGAGGCAAGUUUCACGCCUUUCAUCAAGGCGGCCCUCAUCCUCGAGCUCCUUCAUCAGAAAUGCGUCCCAUUUCAGAGCAACCGUUGCAAAUCAAGCAGCGCGUCGAUGCUACGUCUCAGAGUCAAAGCCAGAUAAGGCUCAAGUGAGCGUUGAUACAGCCAUCAGAGCAGACCAAAAGGCAUUCACAGCUCAGACUGGUCUCCUACCAGAAAAUGCAACGAUGCCAGGAACAGGAAUGUCAGCGGAUGUCAUGAUGAGCCCGACGGCGGGUAUCCUCAAGCAAGCUACAAUUAUGGACGAAGGAAUACGACCAAUUUAUCUCGAUAUGCAAGCGACUACUCCUACGGACCCUCGUGUUCUUGACGCCAUGCUCCCCUUCUUCACCGGCCUCUACGGAAAUCCUCACUCAAGAACACAUGCGUACGGAUGGGAGACCGAAAAAGCCACAGAGCAGGCAAGAGAGCAUGUAGCGAAUCUGAUCGGCGCAGACCCGAAGGAAAUCAUCUUCACCAGCGGAGCAACCGAGAGCAACAACAUGAGCAUCAAGGGAGUGGCGAGGUUCUUUGGAAGAAGUGGGAAGAAAAAGCAUAUAAUCACUACGCAAACGGAACACAAGUGCGUGCUAGACAGUUGCCGCCAUCUACAAGAGGAAGGCUUCGAGGUCACCUAUUUGCCAGUGCAAAACAGUGGAGUGGUGGAUUUGAAGGAACUGGAGGCGGCCAUUCGACCGGACACGGCGCUCGUCAGUAUCAUGACGGUAAACAAUGAGAUCGGAGUCAUUCAGCCAAUGGAGGAGAUAGGCAAGCUUUGCAAAGCCAAGAAAACCUUCUUCCACACAGACGGAGCCCAGGCUGUUGGGAAAAUGCCAAUCAGCGUCGACAAGUGGAAUGUGGACCUGAUGUCGAUUUCCGCACACAAGAUUUACGGACCAAAAGGCAUGGGUGCCUGCUACGUUCGACGACGCCCCAGGGUCAGAAUCGAUCCCAUCAUCAGUGGAGGAGGCCAAGAACGUGGUCUGAGAAGCGGCACUCUUGCCCCGGCGUUAGUCGUUGGCUUUGGAGAAGCUUGCAGGAUAGCAAAGGAAGAGAUGCCUUACGACUCCAAGCGGAUUCAAAUGCUCUCCGACCGUCUCCUGAAGGGAUUGCUAUCCCUCGAACAUACUUCUCAGAACGGAGAUCCAGAACGUUUCUACCCCGGUUGCGUCAACGUUUCUUUUGCCUACGUCGAGGGCGAGUCUCUACUGAUGGCACUGAAAGACAUUGCACUGUCAUCCGGAAGUGCAUGCACGUCAGCAUCACUCGAGCCCAGCUAUGUCCUCCGAGCUCUCGGCAACAGCGACGAGAGCGCCCACAGCAGCAUCCGCUUCGGUAUCGGGAGGUUUACCACGGAGAGCGAAAUCGACUACGUGCUUAAGGCAGUGAAAGAGCGGGUUACAUUCUUGAGGGAGCUCAGUCCCUUGUGGGAGUUGGUUCAGGACGGCAUUGCACUUGACAGCAUCGAGUGGAGUCAGCACUAA